AUGGACCCGAAAUCUCUCCAGAAAGGCUGCCAUGCUUUGGUUCAAGGCAUCGACACGCCCUAUGAAUAUCAGCCGUCAUUACCCGCGGGGAUUAUCUUUCUGACAUGCUUCGGACUGUCUAUGGUGGUACAUACCAUCCAGCUCGUCUGGAAGCGUCAAUGGUGGUGCGCCGUGUUUUCAGUGGGUUGCUUGACUGAGGUAUUGGGAUGGGGAGCACGAACUUGGUCGGCCGUGUGUCCGUACGCGAUGGAUGCGUUUCUGAUGCAAUUGGCCACCCUCGUUAUAGCGCCUACGUUUUUCACUGCCGGUAUCUACGUCCUCCUUGGCAGUCUCAUCCGAGUUGUCGGUCCAGAAAGCUCUUUCCUCCGUCCCCGAUCUUACCUCUGGGUCUUCUGUACUUGCGACGUGGUCUCGCUUGUCGUCCAGGCCAUUGGUGGUGGAACGGCCGCAACAGAAGCCAGCAAAAUAAACGGGGACACCAAGCCAGGAACUUACAUCAUGGUGGCGGGCAUUGUCUUCCAGAUGGCAUCAAUCACUGCGUUUGUGAUCUGCGGGGCGGACUUUCUUCGUCGUUCGCGAAAGCCUCAUCUACGACGAAGGUUCACGGCUCGCAUGCGUUAUUUGGUUGUGGCGACCAUUUUCUCGGUUGUCGUCAUCUACAUCCGAAGUAUCUAUCGUACAAUCGAGCUGCUGGAAGGUUGGAAGGGGUAUUUGAUCACAACCGAGUGGUUCUUUAUCGGCCUGGAUGGUAUCACUAUGGUUCUGGCGGUGGUUGUCUUCAACUUCAUUCAUCCUGGCUGGUUCUUACCACAGGAUACGGGAAAAGAGCCGUUGUCGCCCGCGCAGAGUGAUGAGAUCGAGCUUCAGACUAGAAGCCAUAUGUGA